AUGACCCGAAGAUGUUUCACAAAGUUGUGUGACAUGCUUCAUACAUUAGGUGGGUUAAGAACAAGUAGACAUAUGGAUAUUAAUGAACAAGUGACCAUAUUUCUUCACAUUAUCGCACAUAAUGUGAAGAAUCGAGUCAUGAUAGGUCGUUUCCAGCGUUCUGGAGAAACAAUUAGCAAAAUUGUUUCGCGAGUUUGCAACGCGGUGAUAAGGUUGCAUCCACAUUUGUUUAAGAAACCCGAACCUGUUACAGAAAACUCUACAGAUCAAAGAUGGAAGUGGUUCAAGAACUAUCUAGGAGCUUUAGAUGGAACACACAUAAAGUGCUUAGUGCCACUUAAAGAUAAGCCUAAGUAUAAGACAAGAAAAAAUGAUAUUGCCACAAAUGUCCUAGGGGUGUGUUCACAAGAUAUGCAAUUUAUCUAUGUUUUACCGGGAUGGGAGGGCUCAGCUGCGGAUGAUAGAGUGCUUCGAGAUGCCUUAAUUAGGCCACAUGGAUUGAAGGUCCCAAGGCCGUGUUAUUAUUUGGUAGAUGCUGGUUAUACAAAUGGUGAAGGUUUCUUAGCCUCAUAUAGAGGUCAAAGAUAUCAUUUGAAUGAAUGGCGUGCAGGACACCAACCAACUACACCUAAAGAAUUAUUCAACAUGAGGCAUUCAUCUGCAAGAAAUGUUAUAGAAAGAUGCUUUGGUUUGAUGGAAAAAAUCAGAAACUAUCGCAACUGGACAAUUACUGAAGAUGUCAAGCUCGUGGAAACAUUGGUAAAUAUGGUGAACAUCGGAGGAUUUAAAGCCGAUAAUGGUUUUAAAUAUGGAUAUUUACUACAUCUAGAAAACGCAUUGAAGGAAAAAAUUCCCAACUCUGGCAUAUUGGGUAAACCCCACAUUGAGUCAAGGAUCAAAACCAUGAAAAAAGAUUGGCAAGUUGUUUAUGAUAUGGUAAAUGGUACGAACACAAGUGGUUUUGGUUAUGAUAGCUCUACUCAUUCUGUAACAGCUGAACCAGCGGUUUGGGAUUCUUACAUACAGGUUCAUAAAGAGGCAGGAAAAUGGAGAAAUGAGAUAUUUCCUCAUUACGAGGAUUUAUGUAUCAUUUUUGGAAAGGAUAGAGCUCAAGGGAAUAAAGCCAAGGAUUUUGCCCAAAUGGAAGAAGAUGCAACCAAUGAAGAACAAUCAGAACAAAUAGAAGAUGUUUUUGAAGAACAAACCACAGAAAAUGAAGAAUCUCCAAACACGGGCUCAAAGAAGAGGAAAAGAGUUGAUGCUGUUAUUAAGGGAAUAACUAUUGCAGCUAACGUCCUUGGAGAAAAACUUGAAAAAAUGGCAAAUAGCAUGAACCAAGCAAUACUAGGAGAAACAGAAGUGCAAAAGAAAAGCUUCAAUGGUGAUUCCUGA